GCUUCUUUCCCUUCCCAAGAGUCCAAGGCCAACACUAGCCAAACAUCCUUCCGUGGCCAGUGCCUCCUCUUUUUUUCUUCUCUUUCUUUCCUCUCCUCUCUUUUCUCUCUCUCGACGCUCGCUCGCUCAUCUGCUGCUUCCGACACCUCUACCGUCUCUCGUUCAGGUAGUAGAAAGUCGCCAGUCGCCCGCCGUCGCCCGCCGCCCGUCGCCCCGUGUAGGAGCCGUUGCAAUCCAGCGGUCGCCUGCCUUUCGAGCUGCGUGCCGGCAUUCGAGACACGACGCCGUCUGGAUCCGUCGCGCCGAAACGACCCUCAAGGACGACACAUUACACUACGGUCGCUGAAGCAUAUCCAAUCAAUCAGUCAACCAAUCCAUCCAUAAUCUUUUUGGUUCCUUUCCAUCAAUCAAUCAAAGAAACCCAGUUUCGCUGAAAGGGGGGGACCCACGCACGAAUUAUUAGCGGCCUGUUUUCUUGCAUACCGCCACCAUCCCCAAGCCAACCUCCCUCUUCUCUGCGCCCCACAGCGCCGCCAAUCGCUCACCCUCGUUGGUCGGAUUCUGCUCCUGUUGUGCAUCAACAAUCAACAACACGCACGUUAUCCGGCACCUUUCUCUGCUCUUCAGCGCCCAACCCAAACCCAAAAAUCAUAGCUUGUCGAGUUUUUGCUCCUCUUGCGGUGGCCGGCCACUUCUUGGACAUUUGACACGACAAGACUCCCAUUUUUUGGGUCGACAACGCCACAUCCACUUCCCCGGCAACUGCUCCAUGAGCCUCUGAUACGGUGAGUUUUGCACCUGCAACGCCUGGUUGAAAUGUUGAUUUAGACCCUUCGGCUUUCCGAGUCCGGACACGACCGUGACAGUUUUGGCUAAUUGCCAGCAGACGACUUUGUUGCCCAAUAUGUCGGGAUAUCCCCAAGGCCAGGGAGGCCAGGGCCAAGGCCAAGGCGGCUACAACGGCCGCGAUGAGUACGAUGACGGCUACGGUCAAGGCGGUCACGGAGGCCAGCACGGCAAUGACGCCUACUAUCAAGACGACCAACAGUACUAUGACAACCAGCCAAAUAGCGGUCACGCCCAGGGCCGCGGCAAUCAGCAAGGCGAUGGCUACUAUGACGAAUCUGGUUACUACAACGCCGACCCCAACAACCCGUACCAGCAAGAUGGCGGCUACUACGACAACAACGACCAGUACCAGGACGAUUACUACAACAACGGCCAGAGAGGCAACAAUGGCUACUACGAUCAAGGGUACGGUCAAGGUGGCUACGGUGGCAAUGGUCAGGGUCCAAGGCAGGGCUCCGAAGACGAUUCGGAGACCUUCAGCGACUUCACGAUGAGGUCCGACAUGGCCAGAGCAGCCGACAUGGACUACUAUGGACGCGGUGAUGAGCAGUACAACAACGGCUACAACGAUGAGGGAGGCAACCGCGGGUACCGCCCACCAUCGUCGCAGAUCUCCUAUGGUGGCAACCGCUCCUCCGGCGCCUCUACGCCCAACUACGGAAUGGACUACAGCAAUGUUCUGCCCGCCGGUCAGCGCUCCAGGGAACCCUAUCCCGCCUGGACUUCGGAUGCCCAGAUUCCCCUCUCCAAGGAGGAGGUGGAGGACAUCUUUUUGGACUUGACGGCGAAAUUCGGUUUCCAGCGCGACAGCAUGCGCAACAUGUACGACCACUUGAUGACGCUUCUGGAUUCGCGCGCGUCCCGCAUGACGCCCAACCAGGCCCUGCUGUCUCUCCAUGCCGAUUACAUUGGUGGCGACAACGCCAACUACCGCAAGUGGUACUUUGCUGCCCAUCUUGACCUGGACGAUGCCGUCGGUUUCGCCAACAUGAAGGGCAAGAAGGCCAAGAAGAAGGCGAAGAAGGGCAAGGGCCCGGGCCCCGAAAACGAGGCCGAGGCUUUGGAAGAUCUCGAGGGCGAUGACUCGUUGGAGGCGGCCGAGUACCGCUGGAAGACGAGAAUGAACCGCAUGUCGCAGCACGAUCGGGUGAGGCAGCUCGCUCUGUUCUUGCUCUGCUGGGGCGAGGCCAACCAGGUCCGCUUCAUGGCGGAAUGUCUCUGCUUCAUCUUCAAGUGCGCCGACGAUUAUCUCAACUCGCCCGCCUGCCAAAACCUUGUUGAGCCGGUGGAGGAGUUCACCUUCCUGAACAACGUGAUCACGCCUCUGUAUCAGUACUGCAGAGACCAGGGCUACGAAAUUUCCAACGGUGUCUAUGUCCGUCGCGAGCGCGACCAUGAGCAGAUCAUCGGCUAUGAUGAUUGCAACCAGCUCUUCUGGUACCCCGAGGGCAUUGAGCGUAUCGUGCUCGAGGACAAGACCAAGCUCGUCGACGUUCCUCCCGCGGAACGUUACCUCAAGCUCAAGGAUGUCAACUGGAAGAAGUGCUUCUUCAAGACCUACAAGGAAACGCGUUCCUGGUUCCAUCUUCUCGUCAACUUCAACCGCAUCUGGAUUAUUCACCUGACCAUGUUCUGGUUCUACACGGCCUACAACUCCCCCACGCUCAUCACCGUCAAGUACGAACAAGAAGUCAACCAGUGGCCCGAGAAGGCUGCCCAUUGGUCCAUCGUCGGGUUCGGUGGUGCCAUCGCUUCCGGUAUCCAAGUGGCCGCCACCAUCACGGAAUGGGCCUACGUUCCAAGGAAGUGGGCGGGCGCGCAGCACUUGACCAAAAAGUUGAUGUUCCUCAUUCUGGUCUUCAUCCUCAACGUCGCUCCCGGCGUUUACGUCUUCAUGCCCGAGAAGGACGACAAGGCCUAUAUCGAGAAGCAGCGCACUACUCUCGCGCUGGCCCUCGGUAUCGCCCACUUCUUCAUUGCUCUCAUCACGUUCAUCUUCUUCUCCAUCAUGCCGCUCGGUGGUCUGUUUGGAAGCUACCUGACCAAGAACUCGAGGCGGUACGUGGCCAGUCAGACCUUUACUGCCAGCUGGCCGCGUCUCAAGGGCAAGGCCAUCGCCAUGUCUUACGGCCUCUGGCUUAUCGUGUUUGGCGCCAAGUUUGGAGAGUCUUAUGCCUACCUCACCCUCUCCAUCAAGGACCCUAUUCGGUAUCUGCACAUCAUGGACACGUCGUCCUGCAUGGGUGACUUUUUCCUGAGCAACAUGAUCUGCCAACAUCAGCCCAAGAUCACGCUCGGACUUUUGCUCAUCACGGAUUUGAUCUUCUUCUUCCUCGACACGUACCUGUGGUAUGUGCUCUUGAACACGGUGUUCUCGAUCGCCCGGUCCUUCUACCUCGGUUCUUCCAUCUGGACUCCCUGGAGAAACAUCUUCUCUCGUCUCCCGAAGCGUAUCUACUCCAAGGUCCUGGCAACCACCGACAUGGAGAUCAAGUACAAGCCCAAGGUCCUGAUUUCUCAGAUUUGGAAUGCCAUCAUCAUUUCCAUGUAUCGCGAGCACCUCCUGGCCAUUGACCAUGUCCAGAAGCUCCUCUACCACCAGGUUCCUUCGGAGCAGGAGGGCAAGAGGACGCUGCGUGCUCCCACCUUCUUCGUCUCGCAGGAAGAUCACUCUUUCAAGACCGAGUUCUUCCCCGCCUACAGCGAGGCCGAGCGCAGAAUCUCCUUCUUCGCCCAGUCGCUCUCGACGCCCAUCCCUGAGCCCUUGCCCGUUGACAACAUGCCCACCUUCACCGUCAUGAUUCCUCACUACAGCGAAAAGAUUCUCCUCUCCCUGAGAGAAAUCAUUCGUGAAGACGAGCCUUACUCUCGUGUCACCCUUCUCGAGUACCUCAAGCAGCUUCACCCUCACGAGUGGGACUGCUUCGUCAAGGACACCAAGAUUCUGGCCGAUGAGACCUCGCAGUUCAACGGCGAGGAUGAGAAGACGGAAGGCAAGGACACGGCCAAGAGCAAGAUUGAUGAUCUUCCCUUCUACUGCAUUGGUUUCAAGUCAUCGGCCCCCGAAUACACGCUUCGCACACGUAUUUGGGCCUCGCUCCGUUUCCAGACCCUGUACCGUACUGUCUCCGGCUUCAUGAACUACGCCCGCGCCAUCAAGCUGCUCUAUCGCGUCGAGAACCCCGAGGUUGUCCAGAUGUUUGGCGGCAACUCCGACAAGCUGGAGCGCGAGCUUGAGCGCAUGGCCCGUCGCAAGUUCAAGCUCUGCAUCUCCAUGCAGCGAUUCGCCAAGUUCAAGAAGGAAGAGAUGGAAAAUGCCGAGUUCUUGCUCCGUGCCUACCCCGACCUCCAGAUUGCCUACCUCGACGAGGAGCCUCCCCUUAACGAGGGCGAGGAGCCCCGCCUCUACUCUGCCCUGAUUGAUGGUCACUCUGAGAUCAUGGAGAACGGUCAGCGUCGCCCCAAGUUCCGCAUUCAGCUCUCUGGCAACCCCAUUCUUGGCGACGGCAAAUCCGACAACCAGAACCACGCCAUCAUCUUCUACCGCGGCGAGUACAUCCAGCUCAUCGACGCCAACCAGGACAACUACCUCGAGGAGUGCCUCAAGAUCCGUAGCGUUCUUGCCGAGUUCGAGGAGAUGAAGACGGACAACGUUUCCCCCUACACUCCCGGUGUCAAGAACGCGGUCCACACUCCUGUUGCCAUCUUGGGUGCUCGUGAAUACAUCUUCUCGGAGAACAUUGGGAUCCUUGGUGACGUUGCUGCCGGGAAGGAGCAGACGUUCGGCACCCUCUUUGCCAGAACACUGGCCGAGAUCGGUGGCAAGCUUCAUUACGGUCAUCCCGACUUCCUCAACGGCAUCUUCAUGACGACUCGCGGCGGUGUGUCCAAGGCUCAAAAGGGCCUGCACUUGAACGAAGACAUUUACGCCGGCAUGAACGCCCUGCUGCGUGGUGGCCGCAUCAAGCACUGCGAAUACUACCAGUGCGGCAAGGGUCGUGAUUUGGGUUUCGGCUCCAUUCUCAACUUCACGACCAAGAUCGGAACGGGCAUGGGUGAGCAGUUCUUGUCCCGCGAGUACUACUACCUCGGAACCCAGCUGCCGUUGGAUCGCUUCUUGUCCUUCUACUACGCCCAUCCUGGUUUCCACGUCAACAACAUGUUUAUCAUGCUUUCGGUCCAGCUUUUCAUGAUCUCGCUCCUGCAGAUCGGUGCCCUUCGAAAGGAGACUAUCCGCUGCGACUACAACCGCGACGUUCCCAUCACGGAUCCUCUGUUGCCCACGGGCUGUGCCAACACGGACGCGCUGGUCGACUGGGUCUACCGCAGUAUUCUGUCGAUUUUCUUCGUCUUCUUCCUCUCGUUCGUGCCCCUGUUUGUUCAGGAGAUGAUGGAACGCGGUGUGCUGCGCGCCGCCACGCGCUUCGCCAAGCACAUCGGCUCCCUCUCGCCCUUCUUUGAAGUGUUUGUCUGCCAGAUCUACGCCAACUCUGUGCAGAUGGAUGUCACUUUCGGAGGUGCUCGCUACAUCGGUACCGGUCGCGGUUUCGCAACGGCUCGCAUCCCCUUCGGUGUGCUCUACUCGCGCUUCGCCGGUCCUUCGAUCUAUUUCGGAGCCCGUCUGCUGAUGAUGUUGUUGUUCGCCACCAUCACCGUCUGGACCCCCGCCAUCAUUUACUUCUGGAUUUCGCUGCUGGCCUUGGUCAUCUCCCCCUUCCUGUACAACCCCCACCAGUUCGCCUGGACCGAUUUCUUCAUCGAUUACCGCGACUACCUCCGCUGGCUGUCUCGUGGCAACUCGCGCUCGCACGCCUCGUCUUGGAUUUCGUUCUGCCGCCUGUCCAGAACAAGAACCACGGGUUACAAGCGCAAGGUUAUCGGCGACCCAUCUGCCAAGAUGUCGGGAGAUGUCCCUCGUGCUGCCUUCACCAAUAUGAUGUGGGCCGAGAUCUUCACACCUUUCUGCCUGGUUCUUGUUACGCUCAUCCCCUAUCUCUACAUCAACUCCCUGACCGGUGUUGGUGGUGAGUUUGGUACCAAGGAGGUGGACGAUCCCGCGGCCGUUGUCAUGCGUAUCGCUAUUGUCGCCUUUGCCCCCAUCGGUCUCAACCUUGCCGUCCUGGCCGCCAUGUUCGGCAUGGCGUGCUGCAUGGGUCCGGUUCUGAGCAUGUGCUGCAAGAAGUUUGGCUCGGUCCUCGCCGCCAUCGCCCACGCCGUCGCUGUUAUUGGCCUUCUUGUGUUUUUCGAGGUCAUGUUCUUCUUGCAGCGUGCCGACUUUGCCAGGACGCUCCUGGGCAUGAUUGCUGUCCUCGCUCUCCAGCGCUUCAUCCUGAAGGUCAUCGUCACUCUGUGCUUGACCAGAGAAAUGAAGACGGAUGCCGCCAACAUCGCUUUCUGGACCGGCAAGUGGUACUCUCUCGGCUGGCACACCGUUUCUCAGCCCGCCCGUGAAUUCCUGUGCAAGAUCACCGAGCUGAGCAUGUUCGCGGCCGACUUUGUCCUCGGUCAUGUCAUCCUCUUCCUCAUGCUCCCUGUCAUUCUCAUUCCUCAGGUUGACAAGCUGCACUCCAUGAUGCUCUUCUGGCUCCGCCCAAGUCGUCAAAUCCGGCCUCCGAUUUACUCGAUGAAGCAGACCAAGUUGAGGAGGAGACGCGUCCUGCGUUACUCGAUCCUCUACUUCACCAUGUUCAUCUUGUUUGCCGCCUUGAUCGCCGGCCCGCUCGUUGCUGGCAAGUUCAUCAUGCCGACUCUGGAAUCGACGUUGAAGUUUGGCGACAUGGUGUUGUUGCAGCCUGAUGUGAAUCAGGACAACACCCGCAACAGCACCAUGACCGGUACCGGUCGCCCGAGCUACAGUGGUGCCUAUACCCCAACGACAGUUGCGGCGAAAAGACCGGCCGAGACUGCGGGCACCAACGACAGACUCUUUUAAGCAAAGCAAAGCGCCAGCUUGGUCAGCCUCGCGCGAGGCCACGACUUUGUACAAUUUUUAAUAGUAGCCAUAUGGGAUUUUGUCGGACCUCUCUUUGGCCAAGCAAAAGAAUAGGGAGAUGGGGAGUGGUCCCGGGGAGUUUUUGUCAUGAAAAGAAAUGUUGUAUUCUUGGAACUCGACAGCAAACCUCUGGCAGCAUGAGCAUCAUUUCAUUUUGAUUUUUUUGUCUCUCUCUCUCUCUUUUUGUUUUUUUUUGUUGAUUUUUUGAUUUUGGGGUUGGCGGAAGGCAUUGGUAUCACAUACACACAAGUGGGCUUUUUUAUUAUUAUCCUAGACGCUUAGCUCAAUUUCCCUGUCUCUGCUGCUUUUUGUUAUGUGGUCUUCUGAAAGUUGCUUAAUGCGGAUUAAUGGCAUUGUUGGGUUGCGUUGUUGCAUAUUUGCCCAAGUACCUUUGAAGCAUUGCGUGUUUUUCAAGAUGAUUGCUUGUGUGUGUUGUCGUCGAUGUGCCACUGCGUAAUGUAAUGGGUUCAAUAAAGAUGGAUGGCUACGAGCCACUGAGCAAAGAGGGCAUGAUUAUUAAUGAGUUCUUGAAUGUAUGAUUGAGAGGAGGGUACCUAAUGGAAAUAUCUUGGUUGCCCCUGA